AUGCCUUGCCGUCCAGCAAUCUCCUCCAUGUCCCUCGGCCGCUGCUACGCCGGCCACUGCAUCGAGCACAAGCUCUCCAGGGCAGCGGAGCACGGCAUCCAAGGAAUCGAACUCUUCUACGAAGACCUCGCUGAUCUCGCCCACCCGCCAAAUCCCCCUAACCUUCUCCGCGCCGCGGCGUACAUCCGCUCGCUGUGCGCAUCGUUGGGACUAGAAAUCCUGUGUCUGCAGCCGUUCAUGCACUACGAGGGCCUUCUAGACCGGAAGAAGCACGCAGAAAGAAUAGAAGAAGUGAAAUUGUGGAUGGAAAUUGCAAGCGUGCUGGGCACAGACAUUAUACAAGUCCCCUCGUCUUUCCUCGCCGAGGACCAGAUAUCGUCGGACAUCGGCCUCAUCGUCUCCGAUCUGCGCGAGCUUGCAGACCUGGGGCUGCAGCAAACACCACUGAUACGCUUCGCCUACGAGAGCUUGUGCUGGGGCACGUAUAUCGAUCGCUGGGAGCAGUGCUGGGAUAUCGUUUCGCGCGUCGAUCGACCGAACUUCGGUAUCUGCCUCGAUUCUUUCAACAUCCUGGGGCGUAUAUACGCCGAUCCUACAUCUCCCACGGGGCGUUCUGCCAACGGCGAGCAGGAAGUCCGUGAGUCGCUGCGACGACUGGUCGAGCGUCUGCGUCUGCAGAAGGAGAAGAUCUUCUUCAUCCAGAUCGUGGACGCCGAACUCCUCUCCACUCCCCUUCUCCCAGGCCAUCCUUUCUAUAAGCCAGAGCAGCCGUCGAGGAUGAGUUGGAGUAGGAAUUGUAGACUGUUUUAUGGGGAGGAGGAGAGGGGUGCGUAUCUGCCUGUGAAGGACGUCGCGCAUGCUAUUAUCAAUGCAAUCGGGUACGAGGGCUGGGUGAGCAUGGAGCUGUUUCAUCGCGAUAUGGAGAGGACGGAUGGGGGUGUUGUUGAGGAGUUGGCGGCGAGGGCCGCAGUAGCCUGGAGGAAGCUGGUGGAAGAUGUGAAGAUGGAGGGUGAGAGAAGAGCAGAAGGCGAGGGGAGACUGCAUGCGGGCGAGGAGAAGGGUAGUAUGGGCGAGGUGUUUGAGAGAGAGGUGGAGGUUGCGCGGCUGUAA